ACGGUGUAUUUUAUCGCGAACGAGGCGCGCUAAAAAUUCCAAGCUUCAACCGGAAAUGCGAGGAAAAAAAUAUUUAUGUCGCGUGUACGGGAAACAUAUGGCAAGUUUGCGGGUUUCUGGGUGUUCUUACAUGUACGACUUAAGAGAAUUUCUCGAUGGUGGGGAAUAAACUGACCGAGCGAGGAUGUUCGUGCAGUUCAUCCCUGGUAGUAGAAUCGCGAAUACGGUCUGAUCCGAAUCUUCAACAUCUACGUCAUACGAACUUUAUAAUACGAAAUAUUUAAAAGACGAACAAAUAUCUACCGUAACGCGAAUCGCGUAUUUCAUAGAGAAAAAACAACGUGUACGUUUAACAAUCAAUUAUUAGUAAAAUACAGUAACUUAUACCUAGUUAAACAGAAGAUCAACGUCGCAACAUGUAGAUCACUGACCAUCGAUCAUCAACAAACAAUGUGAUAACAGUGAACAUGUUUGCAACGGCGGUUUUAAAAAUUCCGUAACACAAAUAUGGAAAAAUUCUUCCAAGGAACAACUCCAUUAUCGCGCCGACUAAUGUGUAUCCAAUUUUCGAUCGUAUCUUUAAUAACAAAAUUCGUGAAUUAAAAUGCAAAUAUAUUGUAAAUACUGAUAGAUACAAAAUGAACGCACCUCGAAAGAUGAGAUUGAUUUGUAUCGUUUUAAUAUUACUGAAUCCAGCCGACGCGAAAACACAAACGAGUGGAGAAUAUCUUGAAAAAGUGAUGAUCGAGCUUCAAGACUUCAACGUUCCUCCCUCUGUCAAUAUACACGACAGACAAUCGUCCAACAAUGGCUACAACAAUAUGAUUUAUAAAGAUAAAAGCAAACAGAGUUACGUGGUUCAGAGGAUCAACAUGAACUCGAGACAGAAUAUUCAAAAAUAUAAAAACCAGAGCUUCCCGUAUUAUAACGUUUUACCUAGUGAUAAAAUUGAUCUAAAUCGUGCUGGUUCGGAGAAUAGUCUGCAAUAUUAUCAGUCGAAUGUUCCUAGUAUUACGAAAAUGCAGGAACCGGAAGUGCUCGGAUUUACGCGGGCAGAGCUCGCGGCGAUGUAUAGAAAUGCAUUGGAAAAAGGAUCGAAGAUCAGUUUGUCUUCCCUAAGCAAUGCAUUAUCUAUAGGCGAGAUGCCCCAAAUCGCUGAAACUACCAUGGAGUUUCCAGCCAAGCAGCCAUUUUAUCAAUAUUAUUUCUUCCCAUUAAAGACCUUCGUGUCAGAAUUAAAAAAAGAUCACGGUUAUAAGACAAUUCCUGCCCCUGCAUUCGACAAUACGGAAGCUGCACAAACUACUCAAACGCAGUUAUCGAAUCCUCUUUUCGUAGCUAUAAGUACCUUUAUUACCAUGGCGAUUGUAUUCAUGAUGAGCGUUCUAUUUUUACCGAAACUGACUCAAUUCGAUAUACUGCAUUCGCGAGAAAUUCAAGACGACUUUUUUCACAUAUCGAACAUCGUUAUGAACGCUAUCGAUCGUUACGAUCUCUUGGAGAAAUUUAAGGAACACCACGUGGACUCUGUCAGAUAG